ACUCCAUUGCAGAUAGCAGAGAAGUGUGUCUUGACGAAAGUAUAAAUAUGGCAGCUCAGAGGCGACUUCUUCAGAUUGCUCCUAGAGCGCUAGAAGACGACAUCAAGACAACAUCAAAAAGAAGAUCGAGAAAGAGAACUGCAAGAAGCGGAAGAAACUUUCAUUUUACCAACUCACAAGAAGAAGAAGAAGAAGACAAUAACGAAGAAAGAAGUCUGAAGAACACCUGAUAGAGAACAACCAGCCAUCAUGAAAACUGCACUCGUACUAUCGUUCAUAGCCCUACUAAUCCCAGGACUUCUUGGGUUGCCACUCACUGAUAACCUUCUGAACAGAAUGACUAGGAAUGCCAAGGAAGAGAAAGAGAUACCAACGGAGGCACCUCCACUCAAGAAACCACUAGACGGUGUCGCACAACACCUUUUUGAUGAACCCAUCGAUGAGGAUCCGACUCCUGGAGCCUUUCAAGGAGAUAUGAUGUUAACAGUAGAUCAACUGAGACAAAUCGAAGAGGCCAUCGAUGAUCAGAAGGCUGGUCGUAAGAAGAGAAAAGCUGUCAUCAAUGAGAAUGCUCGUUGGACCUUAAACAUCGUUCCUUAUGAAAUCUCGCCAUCUUCAAGUGGUGAUAGCCAGGUGAUUCGUGCAGCCAUGGACCACUGGGAACAGCAUACAUGUUUGAGAUUCGAACCACGAACUUCCUCACAUGCCAGUGACCUAGGCCAUAACACUUAUCUUUCAUUCAUCAAGGGUGGUGGUUGCUGGUCCUUUGUCGGAAGGGUCUUUAAUGGCGAACAACAGAUAUCCAUCGGAUCAGGAUGUGAAUACCUUGGUAUUGUCGCUCACGAGAUCGGACACGCCAUCGGGUUCCAUCACGAACAAUCUCGACCAGACAGAGACGAUUACAUCAAUGUCCACUUUGAAAACAUCCAAUCUGGCUUGGAAGACAACUUCGAAAAGUAUGACUGGAAUUAUGUGACGACACGCAACGUCGAGUACGACGUCGGCUCCGUCAUGCACUACGGAUCACAUGGAUUCUCAAGCAAUGGUCAACCAACCAUCACAACCAUCGAUCCUCUUCAGAUGCAUCUCCUUGGUAACCGAGCUGGUCUUAGUAACGCCGACAUCACCCUAGCCAACCUCAUCUACGAGUGCGACAAUGAAUGUUCGGGCUCUGAGCAAUGUCAGAACGGAGGAUACCAUGAUACUAACUGUAUCUGUGUAUGUCCUCCAGGUUACAGCGGUGACUUGUGUCAGGACGGAAGUGGACCUACCACUACACCACCAUGUUACCAAAGAUUGACGGACACACAGGGAGAGAUUACGUCACCAAACUACCCCAGUAACUAUGACAACGACCAGGAAUGCAUGUACCUUAUUGAGGGAGUUGCAGGAAGUACGAUUGAACUGACAUUCGUCGACAUGGACAUCGAAAACGAGAACCUCUGUCGCUACGACUCCGUCGAGGUCCGCAAAGACGAUAUCAACGCCAUCGGAGAGAAGUUCUGUGGUAGCACCUUACCCCCUGUCCAGAUCUCUAGUAGCAACCAGAUGUUGGUUUCUUUCACAUCUGAUUACAGCAUCACUGGGCGUGGUUUCAAAGCUACUUACGUCAUCCAGGGUGUCUCUACGACUGAGGCACCAACUACCACCACUGAAACAACUACUAAUCCUCCUGUAGUCGGAACAUGUGGAGGAAGCUUUGAUGACAACCAAGGUUCAUUAGCAUCACCAAACUAUCCUAAUGAUUACGAUAAUAACCUACGAUGUGUCUACGUGAUCGAAGUGGAGGCUGAUCGUCGGGUUGAGCUGACAUUCGCAGACUUCUCGCUGGAGGAUCAGAGUACCUGCCGAUGGGACGCACUGGAGAUCGAUCUCGGAGAUGGUGUCAAAGUUCCAAUGAAGAUGUGUGGUUCUGAGUAUCCAGCCGCUUCUUUGGUGUCAAUCGGUAACAGGAUGGAACUAACCCUGAAGACGGAUGGGUCUGUUACUAGUAGCGGCUUCAGAGCAGACUAUCGUGUAAUAGAUUUGUAAAAUCUCGUCUCAAUUGCUUGAAUAUAUGGUAAUAUAUUCAAUGAAAAGUAUUUAUGUCCAUGCUACAUAACCAUCUCGACAGUUCAGUUUCUAUUUUUAUUUUGCCAAUGAAACGAAAAUGUGUCCUGAUAUCGCUUUUUUUCUUUGUUUUUUGAUAACUUGAAGAGGCAGCUGAGUCUUCGUUUAUGCUGAUAAUUUAUUUGUUGCAUUUUUUCUCUUGUAUCUGUGUAUUGACAAGCUUUAUAAGAUAUCGAGAAACUUGAAUUUUGCCAUACUCAUCAACAAUGCCAUAAUAUUAUUGUGGAAUAGAAUAUAUUUUGGUUAUCAUGUGAUUAUCUACAUGACAAUGAAUGGUAUGCUUGUAAAACAUAGUAGGGAAUAAAAUCAAUGCUUGUAGUUGUAAUACAUUUGUUUGAAUUUUUAAAACUCGUGUUUUUAUUCAGAAUCUUGCUCUUAACAUAAUGCCAAAUAACGACAAUUAUUUUGUUUCGAUAUUUUACAUGUUUAAUACGAGUAGCUUUUUAACUGUUAUUAUAUUUUAAAAAUCCGUUCUGUGAAUAAUUGCGAUUGUUUUGUAUGUGAUAUUAAUGUAAAAAUUCCGUCUGGAACGGCUGGUUGAAAAUAAUCACCUUGAAAAAAGUUUUGGAAUGAUUUUAGUGAAAAUGUACGAAAUGUAAGUAGAAAAUGUUACAUGUUAUUUAAUAUUUUAACUCAAAGUUAGAAGAAUGUUCUGCCAUUUUAUUAAUUUUGAAUGUUUUGCAUGUUUCAAUGUUCUAGGAAAAAAAUCCGUCUGAGACGGCUGGCCGAAAACAAUCACUAAUUUUGAAAUUAAUGAUUUUAGUGAAAACGUAUAAAAUUCAGUUUGAUCGAUUCAAUUUGAUUUUGAAUUAAAAAGGUUUAUAUUGUAUCUGAAUGACUGAAUCUAUGAUAAUUAUGAUGUAACUAUUAUGAUAAUGUGAUUUUCCGUCAGGUACGGCUGGUUUCUAGAAGAGAUGAAUUAAACUUUAUAAAAACAUAA